CUCACUUUACAAAACACUCUCUCUUAUUAUCUCUCCUCAACUCCGCGGCGUAGAUCCGAGGAGUUUGGGAAACCCUAACUCCGUUCAAUCUUCUUCACUGCGAAAAUCUUCGUCUUCGUCUUCUUCAUCAUCAACAUCAACAUCAACAUCAUCAUCAUCCGCAGUCAUGGCAGGAGCUGCACCUGAGGGAACACAGUUCGAUGCUCGUCAAUUUGAUGCCAAAAUGAAUGAUUUACUCACAGCUGAUGGACAGGACUUCUUCACAUCUUAUGAUGAGGUGUACGAUAGCUUUGAUGCUAUGGGUUUGCAAGAGAAUCUCCUCAGAGGCAUUUAUGCUUAUGGUUUUGAAAAGCCAUCAGCUAUUCAGCAAAGGGGAAUAGUCCCAUUCUGCAAGGGACUUGAUGUUAUUCAACAGGCCCAAUCCGGAACUGGAAAAACUGCAACUUUCUGCUCUGGAAUCCUGCAACAACUUGACUACAGCCUGACUGAAUGUCAGGCCUUGGUUUUAGCGCCAACCCGUGAGCUUGCUCAGCAGAUUGAGAAGGUCAUGCGGGCGCUUGGAGAUUAUCUAGGUGUGAAGGUUCAUGCCUGUGUGGGAGGCACCAGUGUUCGUGAAGACCAACGCAUUCUAGCCAGCGGUGUUCAUGUUGUUGUUGGUACUCCUGGACGUGUCUUUGAUAUGCUGCGCAGACAGUCACUUCAGCCGGAUCACAUUAAAAUGUUUGUGUUGGAUGAGGCUGAUGAAAUGCUUUCAAGGGGUUUUAAAGACCAGAUCUACGAUAUAUUCCAGUUGCUGCCAUCUAAGAUUCAGGUUGGAGUUUUCUCUGCCACAAUGCCCCCUGAGGCCCUUGAAAUUACUAGAAAGUUCAUGAACAAACCUGUGAGGAUCCUUGUGAAGCGCGACGAGCUCACUUUGGAGGGUAUAAAGCAGUUUUAUGUCAAUUGUGAGAGAGAGGAAUGGAAGCUCGACACACUUUGUGAUCUGUACGAGACAUUAGCCAUUACCCAGAGUGUCAUUUUUGUCAACACCAGAAGGAAAGUAGAUUGGUUGACGGACAAGAUGCGAAGCCGAGACCACACGGUGUCAGCCACCCACGGAGACAUGGACCAGAAUACAAGGGACAUCAUUAUGCGGGAGUUCCGUUCUGGGUCUUCCCGUGUUCUGAUAACAACCGAUCUUCUGGCACGUGGUAUUGAUGUUCAGCAAGUGUCUCUCGUAAUAAACUAUGAUCUCCCUACACAGCCCGAGAACUAUCUCCACCGUAUCGGUCGUAGUGGUCGGUUUGGUAGGAAGGGUGUUGCCAUCAACUUUGUCACGAAGGAUGAUGAAAGAAUGCUGUUUGACAUCCAGAAGUUUUAUAAUGUGCAAAUCGAGGAGCUGCCUGCAAAUGUUGCUGAACUCCUCUGAUGAGAUUUUGUCUUCCAACAUGUCUGAGAAAAGCUAGUUUAUGUUUGGUUAAGUGUUAUGUAAUGUUUCUUCUCCCCCUUCCCCAACGCCUCUUUUUUUCCUCAUUUGGUAUUUCCUUUGAAACCCUUUUUUAAUGGGCCUAGUAAGUUUAUUUAGAUUGUCAGUCGUUUGGAUAUCGAAGUGUAAGGUAUUUUAAAUUGGAAACCGAUUAUUGCCCAUUUUGGUGUAUGGCUGUGUCGCACGUUUCUGUAAGGUAAUUUAUCUAUUGGCACUUUUUGUGGCUUAUGUUUGGCCUUUUCUUUAGGUA